GCAGAGGCUGUCUUAAAACAUCGAAAAGCUUUGCUUAAAGACAAACACGGGCUAAAGGGAUACACCUAAGUAUUUUAUCACUGUUAGUAAAAGACUGUAAGGCGAUAUGCAGGCUUUUAGAAAGUGCGGUUUGUGCGCUAAUGGGAGCCUUCUUAAAGGCCGGACCGACUUCCUGCUCGCUAGAAGAAACAUGGCGGUCUUGCGCCUGAGCGCCGCAUGCGUUCAGCUUCUCAGGAACAAGGCUGCGGUGCUCUGCAGGAGCCCGGUUCACCAGCGUCUCCUGCGCCUGCCGGAGGUCGCCCGAUCCAACACAGCCGCGUUCAGCCUCGGCAGCAGCCUCUGCGCGGUCCCUUUCACACAGCAGGUUGAAAACCUCUCACACGAAUCCCUGAUUCGCCGGGCCUCGUGUCUGGUCACAGACAGCGCCAACACUUAUCUCUCUCAGACCACGCUGGCUCUUGUAGAUGCCCUCACACAAUAUGCCAAGGCACUACAUACACUCGUUGCCCUUCAGAAGCGAUACAUUAAUUCAAUAGGAAAACUGUCCCCUGCUGAAGAGGACAGCAUUUGGCAGGUGAUCAUUGGCCAGCGUGUGGAGGUUAGUGAUAGAUUGGAGGAAUGUAAACGCUUUGAGUCGAAUUGGGUGAAUGCUAUCAACAUCAGUGAGUUGUCAGCAGAAGCAGCCUACAAUUCGGGAGCAGAGCAUGCGUGCACGGCAACAAAAGCCAAUCUGCAGGUGGCACAGUGCAAAGUGGAAGAGCUUAGAAAGAUCUCCAAAGAGGCGGAGAAGAAGCUGGCCGAAACGAAAGCAGAGGAAAUCCAGAGAAUGGCUGAAUACGCCUCCAGCAUCGACAUCAACGAUCUGGAAGAUAUUCCAGAGGCCUACCUUCGUGAAGACUAGAAAGACUAUGUGCGUCUGUGACACUUGGUGUGCUGCAGACAGCAGUGAAUUGCUGAGAGUGAAUAUGACUGAAUCGGAAAUGCACCUUGAUAUGAAUUUGCAAUAUUGCUUAUGGAUUAAAAAAAAAAAAGUUUGGCUUUCGAAGGUUGAAUUGAUACGGUUGAUCUUCAAAAAAAUAAACUGCAUUGUGAUUUAAUGCAGCUUGUAAGAUGCACAUAAAACGUAGAGGUGAAGCCUGCGAAGAAAUUGCGUUGUAAGUAAAAACGAUUCGGUAUUUGUGUAUAUAUGUAUAUAUUUUCAUAUUGUUUAUUUUUAGUGCAAUCGCGUGCGUGUUAAUGCAACAAUGAAAUCGUAUCGCGUGUCGUGAUAUUCCAGUGUAUACAAAGUUGCAAUCGGCGUGUUUUAUAUUUGUAGAGCUCAUCUGUUAUUUAUUAUCUUAAUAAAUGGAAAAAAAUUAUUUUAAACGGC